AUGUUUCACAAUCAAUUGGACUAUGUGUGCGACUACUGUAGCCGAACCUUCACCCGGAAAUACAAUUUGCAGACUCAUAUUGAAAACUAUCACAUGAACUCCUCAUGCUACUGUGAUAUAUGCGACCAGAGGUUUGGCACACCGGCCGGACUACAGUUGCAUCUCUCCAGAGGCCACAACAGAUAUGGCCAACCAUUCCCAGAAUGCGAUCUGUGUGGUCGAAUAUUCACGAGGAAACAAAACAUUACCUCACAUAUGAUAACAGUACAUUUGCAAGGCGUACGACCAGAUAUCAGAUGCAAAUUCUGCGACAAAACGUUCACCACAGAAAGGAAUUUAAAGAGGCAUCUGAAUCAAUUACACAAUCCCCAUUUAGAGUACCCCACUUGCGACAACUGUAAUAAAGUUUUCAAGGGUAAACACUCCCUGAUAGCCCACAUUCAAUCUACCCAUAAUGUUACUGAGAAGGGAUUAAUCAAGUGCCAUCUCUGUGAAAAAGUUUACACAAAUAAUCGCAAUUUGAAAAGGCAUGUCGAAAUGUUUCACGGUGAGAGAGGAGAAUUCCGCUGUAAUGUUUGCCCUAAAGUCUAUACGUCUAAUCAGAGCUUGAGGAGGCAUACGAAGACUAGGCACAAUCCUGAACAUUGGACUCAAUACAAGUGUGAUUUCUGCAACAAAACGAUAGUCGGAAAAGAGAAUUUCAACAAUCACGUCACUUUCUACCACAGGAAAAGCAUUUACAGUUCAAAUCAAUAUGAAGCUUUUGAUUUUCGAUCAAACUCUAGAUCAUUCAUAUGUAGCAAAUGCAACAAAACGUUUAAAGAGGAACCUCUUCUGCGCCGCCAUGUGAAAACGGAACAUUCUUUUCAAGACUUCUAUAGAUAUUGUAAAAAAUCUCUUCUCAAAUUAAUGAAAGAGACCAUGGAAACGUAUAGGAAUAAUUUUUAUAAUUGCGAAUUCUGCAGAAAUGCUUUCCCCAGCAUUUACGAAUUAAAGGAUCAUAUGAGAAUCAAUCAUGGCAAAGAGUACAGCAUCUCGAACUGUAAUGUUUGCUUCAGCAAGUUCUAUAGUAGAGAAAGUAUGGUGGAGCAUAAGAAAAUCUGUCUGCCACCACCUAACGUAAAUACUUGCAGCCACUGCGAUAAACUUUUCACCGAUAUCUCCAGUCUUGAAUUUCAUGUGAGAAUUUUUCAUCCUCAAGCUCACAUUGCCGAUUCUGUAAUUUCCUCCAGUAACAUUGAUGAAACCUCAAUAGAACUCGGUUCUUACAAAUGUGCCCACUGUGAUCGUAUUUACUACAGUGAUAGGUCUUUAAAACAUCACGUCAAACUAAAGCACACUACCGACGAGGCCAUGGAAUGUGGUUUUUGCAGGAAAGUCUGCAGUAAUAAAUAUUACCUAGCAUCGCACAUCAAAAUAGUGCACAACAACGACACUUGGUCCAAAUGCGACUAUUGUGACAAGCAGUUCAAGUCUAAAAGAAACAUCCGACGCCAUAUAGAGUAUACUCAUCUGGGAAUGCAAAGAUAUAAGUGUAUCGAAUGUGAGACUUUAUUCAAGGAGAAGAGAAGCCUAAGAAAGCAUGUUAGAAUUAAACAUCCCGAUUCCACGUCUUUCCCUCAAUGUCACAUUUGUCAAAAGCGUUUUGAAUCUGCUAAAUCUUGCAAGAUACAUCUCAAAUUACUCCAUUCGUUCAAUAUGAACACGCAUCCUUGCGAUCUGUGCUCAGUGUCGUUCAAUUCUGUCGACGCACUUAAUAUUCAUCUACAAACCAACCAUUUAGCAGAAGACGAAAUCUAUAAAUGCGAAGUAUGCAAUCUGGUUUUCAAAGGCCAAGAAAAAUUCGAACAACAUAAUCAAUUGUCACAUGUAAAUUUAGUACAGAAGGUAAAGCGUAAAGUUUUGCCGCGUUGUGUCAUAUGCACAAAGGAUUUCAGCACCAGGAAAACACUAAAGCGUCACAUAAAGAAGUUCCACGAAGAAUUCGAUGUUGACGAAUUAGCUGCCUCCGGUUGGCGGUUGAGGGAGACCAAUGUUGAAUGUGAAGACUGCAUCAAAAGUUUCAACGACGAAUUCCACUUUAAUGUGUACCAAGAGCUGAAGCAUUUGAGAGAAUCUAUCAUAUUCAAAUGCGAAACAUGCUUCUCAUCUUACAAUGCAUUGGAAUACUCCAUUUUGAGGUAUAAACUCGCCAAUUUAAGUGGUUGUAAAAGUGAAUUGAUUUUAAGUGAGCUUUGCACUACAGAAAUGAGUGAUAGUGAAGUAACUCACAACGCCCAAUCCACAGAGAUCAUGGAACCGGAGAGCACUACUAAUGACAUCAAAGUUGAGCCACCGGACGUUUUAUAUGAGAUUAAGACUGAACCUAUGUCUCCGUAA